AUGAAACCCGAAAUGUUGUCAAUGGUCGACGCAUCGGCCGACCAAGCCGAUGCCAUUCCCAAGAUUCACGUCUUGGAGCCCGGUAAAGAGAACUGGGAUGUUAUCCGUGACGUCGCCCACUCUGGCGUCCAAGAGGAAGCUUUCUAUGUCAUGGACAUUGGCGAUAUCAUCCGCAAGCACAAAGAGUGGAAGCUGAAAAUGCCUCGCGUCGCUCCUUUCUACGCGGUCAAAUGCAACGAUAACCGGACCGUCCUGGAGACUCUAUCAUCGCUGGGAGCUUCAUUUGACUGCGCCUCCAAGAGCGAGAUUGCCAAGGUGCUGGAAUUGGGUGUGGAGACGGACCGCAUCAUUUUCGCCAACCCGGCCAAGCAAGUGUCGCAUAUUCGCUAUGCGGCUUCGGUCGAUGUUCGAGCCAUGACGUUCGACAAUGAGAGCGAGCUCUACAAGGUCAAAGAACACCACCCAACGGCCAAGAUGGUUCUCCGCAUCCGUUGCGACGCCAAGCGUGUCCAAUGUCCGCUCGGCAUCAAAUUCGGCGCCUUCCCCAAGGAUGCGCCCCGUCUCAUCGCUCUAGCGGCUAAACUGGGCGUCGAUUUGGUCGGCAUCAGUUUCCACGUUGGAUCUGGUUGCGACGAACCCGAAGUCUUUGAGCGUUGCAUUGUCAUCGGCCGGCAGCUGUUCGAUCUGGCUGCCCGUGAAUACGGUAUCAACAUGUCCGUACUGGAUUUGGGCGGUGGCUAUCCGGGCAAUCGCGGCUCUUCCAUCAACGCUAUUGCGGCCAUCGUCAACUCGGCGCUAGAGCGUCAUUUCCCCGAGGGAUGCGGCGUUGACAUCAUCGCCGAACCAGGCCGUUACUACGUUGCGUCGGCCUUCACUUUGGCCACCCGCAUCCACGGCCGUCGUCAACUGACCACCGACGACGAAGAAUCUGAUGGGCCCCAAACACCGGCCAACACGUCGUAUUUCUACUACAUCAACGACGGUGUCUACGGCAGUUUCAACUGCAUGCUUUAUGAUCACGCAGUGGUGACUCCACUGCUGCUGGAACCCCGUCCGGGUCCUGAUUUUAGCUGCUCCAUCUGGGGCCCGACUUGCGACGGACUUGAUCGCAUCGCCGCCAACGCCCAGUUGCCGUUGAUGGACGUCGGCGACUGGCUGAUUUUUGAGGACAUGGGGGCGUACACUUUGGCUGCGGCCGGUUGCUUCAAUGGCUUCCCCGUGCCAAAGGUUUACCCCGUGGUUCAGCCGCACACAUGGCUCUACCUGAAGGAUCGGGCUCCUUACACCGAGUCUCACUUUGUUAUGGGCUCUCCAUCGCCCGUCCCGGCUGCGGACCUUUUGCCCAAGAUCUCUUGCGCUAUGGAGAUGUACGCCAGCGGCAACAACAACAACGGCGGCACCCAUCUCCUUAUGCCUUCGUCGGUCUGCUCUUCUUCGAUCGACACGGAGGAUCCAUCGACUUCGGACGCCGUCUCUACUUCAUCCGACGGUGACGUUUCCGACGCAUACGGGGAUUCUGCUGAUUUCUUGGCCGAUUUGCUUGACGUCACCUCGGUGAUGUAAUAAUCACGCGUGAGAAAACAUAAAACAGAAGCAAGAAUCAGAAGAGAAACUGACCAAAUCUUGUAUUUUUUUUUCUUUUUGGCUUACAUUUUCGUUUAAUUUCAAGUCCUUCCUGACCCACCAAAUCCGCUUUUCUUUUGUUUUUUGAAGGCGAUCCAGUCAUCGCUCGCAUUUCACCGUCUAAAAAAAUUUUCUCCUUAAAUACCAAAAGCGUCAGUUAGUCCAGAACUCUUUUUUUUUUAAUUUAAUUUUUUUUUUUACUUAAAAAAAAAAACACAAAGAACUUCUUUUCCUAAAUUUUAUGGGUUUUUCCUGAGUGUCGUGUUUGUUAUGUCUUGUUUGGAAACCCCCUCUCACGCGCGCCUUCUUUUCUUCUAAUUUUCUGAAAUGAAAUGCCGGACCAAAUACUAAAAGACGUUACAACAGAAAAUUUCAAAGCCAAGAAUAACCGUUUACAAAGGAAGAGUUCGUAGAGAAAUGGACCAACUAAGCAAGAUAAAUAAAGGUCGAAAUCGUUUUGUUCAGACAUUCCUCCACACUACCAAAAGUAUCAAACGACUGGGCAAAAAGAUUUCGACUCGCCAAUUUCCCCUUUGAAAAAGUAAGAAAAAAAGACAAAAAAUAAAAACAAUUCAAUUCUUCCUAAACAUCAAUCGAACAUUUCUCUCAUUCAACUCAAAAUUCGUAUUUUUCAACUGAAGAGAAGAUGCGCAUUACUGUAGGGGGUGUAAGUGUAUUAUUUGUUUUGCUUUCUAAAAUUAUCUUAUCGUCUAUUUUAGAUGUUCCACAAUGGUUUGAUUACCCGUAACAUAUAGCGAUUGGGAUUAUUCUUGCUUUCAAAAUUUUAAGUUUUAUGAUAAUUAUUAAUAUAAAAUCCUAGUUAUUUUCCUUCAACAAAAGAAGAACGUCUCUUUCUUCUGAAGAAAUAGUAUUUGCUGUCUCUUCAUCUUCCUUUUGCAUUGGAUCUGUUUCGGACUCAGCCAUUCAGUUUUCUAUUGACCGAAGCGAGCAUCUUCAAUACAAAGUGUAAGAACAGCAAAGAA